GGUACCGCCAUUUUAGAAGUUUACCUUGGGAGGUUGUCUGCAAAAUUAAUAAUAUUCUACCUUGUCAGUUAGGCAUUUUAUAAGAAAAUAUGAAUGUUGAACAUCCUCAGAUGCACGGCCAAUAUAUUGCUGGCCCGAAACAGCGACAUUUCAGUCCGUAUGCGUUCAAUGGAGGGACUGUUCUUGCAAUUGCUGGUGAAGACUUCGCUGUUAUAGCAUCUGAUACAAGACUUAGUGAAGGUUUUUCAAUACACACAAGAGAUAAUCCGAAAUUAUAUAAACUGGAUACAUCAAUGCAAUAUUUCCCCCCUGAAAGAUCAGCGUUUUGUCAUAGAGCUAUUAAAACAAAAGGAAAUGAAGUUGAAGAUCUCACAAUGUAUAAAAAUGACCACCACAAGGAAAUGAGUUGCCCAGCCAUUGCUGCUAUGAUAUCAACUAUACUCUACUACCGACGAUUCUUUCCAUACUAUGUUUAUAAUAUAGUUGCAGGAUUGGAUACUGAAGGCAAAGGAUGUGUAUAUAGUUAUGAUCCUGUUGGCUCAUAUGAGAGAGAAAGUUACAGAUCAGCUGGAUCUGCUAGUGCUAUGCUGCAACCACUGUUAGAUAAUCAGAUUGGUUUCAAGAACCAAGAAGGAGUAGAACAAGUUGCCCUGUCAAGGGACAAAGCUGUGAAUCUAGCAAAAGACGUCUUUAUAUCAGCAGCUGAAAGGGACAUCUACACAGGAGACUCUAUUAUUAUAAAUGUAAUCGACAAAAAUGGCAUUACAUCAGAUAGCUUCCCUCUCAGGCGGGAUUAAGAAAUAUCAGAAUAACAAUAUCAUACAUUUCUGUUACCGAAGGGAGUCUUGUUAUAAAUUCAUUAUAGAUUUGAUUAAUUGAAAACAACAGUGAGCAUUGUUUAUGUCUGCAUACUUCAAACAUUACCUGGAGUUUCAUUCUAUGGUGUGCUUGUCAAACCACAAUUUGGUUGCCCUCACAGCAAGAGAAUCUCUAAAGUUGUUUUCGCGUUUUGUUUGUUUACAUCAGUUGUGACUCAUAAAAAUGUAUUGCCAUAAAAAUGUAUUAAGUUUCGGAAAAAAAAUUGUAAGAUUAAAUGCCAGCAUUGUUAGUGAAGUUUGUAAGGGACUUUCACUUAUAAUGGAGAAUGUUUGUUUGCUCCUUGUAUUGAUUACUUUUACUGAAAUUGUAUAAAGGACUUCCAUAUGCUCAGAUCCCUUGAAUCUUGAAUGUAUUGCAUUGCAUUCCAAGUCCAGAGUUUUUGUAUGCCCUGUUAAUGUUUAAGUAAAGAAAGUACUGACUACAUGGUUAUCUUAUUAUAAAUUGUCUUCGUCCAUAUUUCUUUCUUCUAUCUCAGUUAUGCCCAAUCUUUGUGCUCAGCUAAUAUCUACCCAAAUUAAUGUUGGACAUUCUUACGAAAGAUCUCGCUUGAAAUUGCUCUGCUGUCGUGUAUUUAGCAAUUUUUAUAUGCAUUCAAAUGAAAGUGGUUGCUAUGGAUAGAACCCCAGUUAGGAACAGCUCAGCAAGACAGUUCAGAAAAGUGAUACAAUGCUUAAUAAUCUACACUUUUUGCAUCCUUCUUAUAAUUUAUUUUCUCUAUUGAUGAAAUGCAGCUAUGACAUAAAUGGGUGAAAAGCUGUUAAAAUCAUUGUCAUUUCGAUCUGUCGUUCGCCAUUAAUAAAGGUCGAAAACUCUUAGAAAACAGUUUCUUUUUGGGAUGGUUGUUGAGACUUCCCUGAACAGUGUAUCAAGAUCACGCCUACAUAUGCAACAUAUUUAAAUUUCGUUGUUUAGGAUCACUUCAAAUUUGUGCUGUUUUCUUGAUUUUAGCUAUUUUCACUGGCUUUUCAGUCUGUGUUUCACAGCAGCUCGUGCAGAGCCCAUAAAAAUGCAUGGUAGAGUGGUGCGCAUCUUCAAUAGCAGCAUGUAGCAUCUUGUGACUCAGUUCCUGUGAACUUUGAUAGCUUGGCGAAGCAAUAUGAUUGGCCGUUGGUAAACUGUUUAGGCAUUGUCACAUACACAUAGUCCUAAUCAGAUAACUCUGAAUAAACUGUACGCAACCUAGCUACACGCCACUACGUGUCUUCCCGGUGGCUGGUGGAAGACGUUUAGUGGCGUGAAGCUAGGCGAUUAGGUGCCGUACGCGAACACCGGUUCGAGUCAUAAUUUGACGUAGUAUUUACCUUACCGUUUAUUCGGUGUUAUUUGCUUACUGUGGAAUACUAUAUUUUUGCUAGAAUAAAUUUUCACUGAAAAG